UAUUCGUUUCAGUUUGGUCUCCCAAAUCUCUCGCUUCUCAUACAAAAAGCCAUCGAAAAUGCUGUCGAAUCUUGCUCGCCGCCACUUCUCGUCGUCGGUCGCUGCUGCUGCCAAGUCCAAGGUCUACGUCGUCGGCGUCGGCAUGACCAAGUUUGUCAAGCCUGGAUCGGUGGCCAACUUUGACUACCCGGACAUGGUCAAGGAGGCAGGCACCAAGGCGCUGGCGGAUGCUGGCGUCCCAUACGAAGCCAUUGAGCAGGCGGUCGCAGGCUACGUCUAUGGCGACUCCACUUCGGGUCAGCGCGCCAUCUACGGAUUGGGCCUCACGGGCAUCCCCGUGUACAACACCAACAACAACUGCUCCACUGGAUCGAGCGCGCUGAUGCUGGCCAAGCAGCUCGUGGAGGGCGGCAUUGCCAACUGCGUGAUGGCCGUCGGGUUUGAAAAGAUGCAGCGCGGAUCGCUCGACCUGUCGACCAAGGAUCGCGCAUCCCCGCUCGAUCGCCACAUGGCAACCAUGGCCAACAUCAACAAUGGCGUCCUCGAGAAGGCUCCUCCGGCGCCGUGGCUCUUUGGCAUGGCUGGCCGCGAGCACAUGCAAAAGUACGGCACCAAGAAGGAGUCGUUCGGCCGCAUUGCCCAAAAGAACCACAAGCACUCGGUGAACAACGAGUAUGCCCAGUUCCGCGACGAGUACACGCUCGAGCAGAUCAUGCAAUCCAAGGCCAUCACCGAGCCCCUCACCAUGCUCCAGUGCUCGCCCACCUCCGACGGCGCUGCGGCCGCCGUGCUCGUCAGCGAGGCCUUUGUCAAGCUCCACAACCUGCAGGACAAGGCCGUCGAGAUUGCCGGACAGGCCAUGGCCACCGACAUGCCCAGCUCGUUUGGCAAAAGCGCCAUGGCGGCUGUCGGCACGGACAUGACCCGCAAGGCCGCCACGCAGGCACUGGCGCAGGCUGGUGUCAAGCCGACCGAUGUCCAAGUCAUCGAGUUGCAUGACUGCUUCUCCACAAACGAGCUCAUCACGUACGAGGGCCUCGGCCUGUGCGAAGAGGGCAAGGGCGCUUCGCUCAUUGACAACGGCGACGUGACCUACGGUGGCCGUUGGGUUGUCAAUCCCUCUGGUGGGCUGAUCUCCAAGGGUCACCCGCUUGGUGCCACUGGCCUUGCCCAGUGCGCCGAGCUCACCUGGCAGCUGCGCGGCACUGCUGGCAAGCGUCAAGUCUCCAACGCUCGCGUCGCUCUUCAGCACAACCUUGGCUUGGGCGGCGCUGCUGUCGUUACAGUCUACAAGCGUUAAGGUUGACGCGACUCUGUUUCCUGUUGCAAUUCAAUCCAGAAACAAAUACAAUCUUGGAUGAAAAACCCAACUUGCACAAAAAAAGCAAUUUUGCUUCAUUCAUUCCUAUAAUACACAACUCAAAAA